AUGCCUUCGCCCCAGCCGCCGAAGCGUAAAGAGAGACCCUGCGAUGCUUGUAGAAAGAGGAAGAGCAGAUGCGUCCUCGAAGACGAUUCUCCAAUAUGUGUAUUGUGUAGAUUUCACAACCAGGAAUGCACCUUUCUACACAAUCCGCAAUCCCGCAAGAGGAAAGCUCCUCCAGCGGAUGCGAUAAAUGACAAUCAUGCAAAUGAAGCCGAAAGCCAUCACUCACGAAGACGUCUUUCUAGUGCUUCAAAUAUCUCAAGAAAGUCGACCGUGGUGCAAAGUCGUAUGAUUAGAACGACGAACGGCACCGGUGUUGAGGAGUAUGCGGACCUCGAUGGGUCAAUGCCGAGUCUUCUCAAAAGGACCUUGGGCCUACAGAAUAACCAUCACAGUCAAUAUAUCGGAGCCACGAGAGGACUUGAACCUUCCCUACUCGGCCGACCUUCCGAUGUACAGAUACAGAUUCAACUUGCCGAGGGAACUUUGCGACGGAUGAGCUCCACAGAAGCUUUUGUCCUUCUUCCAGAUUCUGGGACCCAAGGAUAUGCAGAGGAGCUUUCAGAUCUUGAUUCCAUCGAGGAAAUCGUGUCACCUCAUGGUAGAGCCCUGGUUGAUCUCUACUUCCGCAUAGUCUUUCCUAGCUUCCCAAUUCUACACAAGGGAGUAUAUCUCGAAAAGUACAAUCGAUCCUUUCGCGAGUUCUCCCCGCCACUGCUAGCCGCUGUUUACCUUCUGGCGUCACAUUAUUGGACAUACGAUGAUGCGCUCAGCAAGCAGACGAAGCCAGACUUUAAAAGUCUCGAAAAGCUGGCAAGGAAGGCCCUAAGCGACACAAUACAUCGACCAAAACUUUCUACUGUCCAAGCAGGGCUUCUCCUCCUACAACACACCGAUACUGAUUCAGCAGAGCUUACCGCCCAGCUAGUCAGUGUCGCCUAUGGGCUCGGUCUUCAUCUCGAUGCAUCCGAGUGGGAAAUACCCGCAUGGGAGAAAGGCCUUCGAAAACGUCUGGGUUGGGGACUUUUCAUGCAGUCCUACUGGACCUCUCUUGGAAGCGGGAGACCACCAUUUAUACAUACUUCAAACUGGGGCCUACAGCCAGUCACUGAUAGCGACUUUCCUGAGAAUGCUUCCCACGAGGACGAUCAGGAAGGUAGCUCAGAAGUUGAAAAGGGCAGAAUUCUUUUCACCCACAUGAUCAGCUUAUCUGAGAUUCUUGCAGAGUUAUUGGAGACUGUCUUUGGCGUCAAGGCCAUGCGAGAGAUUUCCUCUGCGGGAGUCAACGAGUUGGCUUUAGUUCUUGAGAAGGUUAAGCCUGUUCAAAUUAAACUGAAAGAGUGGUUCUCUAGUCUCCCAGACUGCCUGUCAAUGGAGUCAACUCAUAUUUUGAAGCUCAACGCUGUCGGUUACUUAAGGCUUGCUUAUGUUGCGACUGAAAUUACUCUACAUCGGCGCAUCAUUCUUGCUCUCAGUCCUACCACUGAUCCUCGACUUCAACAAAUUUGUCGCUCGGUAGCGCAUGAGAGGUUCAUGUUUGCGAUCGAUUUUGUACAGUCUCUGAAACCUCAACACCUCUCAUCCUUCUGGUACUUUGCGUCGCCUCAGAACUUCGCACUAAUUGGAGUGUUUGGCACACUGUUACUAUCUACGGCACCAAAUACUGAGGAAGCUGAUUUCUACAGAUCGAAACUCAGAGAAUAUCGAUGGAUAUUGAAGAUCAACAGCGAAAAUGGUGCUCGAUAUAUGAAACCAGCUAUGGCUCUCCUCGAUGCAAACAUGGCGCUGCUGACUGCCGCGGAAACUCACAAUGGGACUAAUAAAUCUCACAUGGCCUCCAAGCAAGCAGUUCCAGCGGCAUCUUCUUCCUCGACUGCGCUCACAAAUAGCGGAUUUACACCUAUCGAUCGGUAUACUAUGGACGAACAAUACUACUCAUCUACCGGCGGAGUUGAUUUAUCGGUUUCUCCUGCAGUAUAUUCUCCAACAUCCGUGUCGCAGGCUCAGGACUAUGGAUAUGAAGUUGACGGCAGAAGCAUGUGGGCGUUUUGA